CCUGGGUGGGGAGGGGCGGGGCCAGGUGUCUGAGUCACUGUCGGCUUGGAUCUGGAACUUCGGGUCCCCCGAGCACCAUCUACGCUGAGAAGGGGACCCCAUCAUGAGGAGGCUCCUCCUGGUCACCAGCCUGGUGGCUCUGCUGCUGGCGGAGGCAGGCUCGGCUUCCCUGCCCCAGGUCAUCAAGACCAAAGGCUAUAGCGGGUCCCCUGAGCAGGACAUGGAGGAGGCCUGGGGCGCCCGAGUGGUGGAAACUCUGAAAAAGGACAACCGGCUCAUGGGGCUGCUGGUGGCACCAAAGCUUGCAGCUGCCACGUGGGAAAGAUGGCAAGGCACCAAGGCCCGGGCAGGGACAGAGGACACCCUGGGCCACGCUCCAAGCCCCGGGUGGGACCCUGAGCCCGACCGUGAUGACCUGUACCACCCACCGCCCGGGGAGGGCGAGGAGGCCCAGGAGGAGGCAGGGCUCUGGUCUCGGGCACUGUCACCUCCCCGGGGGCUUCAAGGGCCAGAGGAGGAUAGAGACCACAUCUACCACCCCAGGGACGACUCCUGGGGGCCCUGACCCCUCCCCAGCUGGGAAAAUAAACCUGCAGAGGUGGAGACAUGUGUCUUCAGGAACAGC